AUGUCUAAAUUUCAAUAUAUUGUAGAUGGUUUAAUAAAAUUACAAGAAAUAGCAAGUGCUUUUAUUCAUGAUAUUUUAAACUAUGAAAAAAGCUUAACAUUAAUAAAUAAUAAAAGUUCAGACUCAACUUCUUCCUCUACCUAUACUUCUAACAUUUCCAUUCCUGAUUGGGAGAAUAUAUCUUCAAGUGUUGUCAUUACAAGUUCACAAAAUCAUAAAAAUUUGUUUAAAACUUGCUCUUUCUGUUGCACUAAAGGUCACUGGGCUAUAAACUGUAAACAAAUUCUACAACAUUAUCAUAGUUACUGUUUUCGGUGUUGGGAAACUGAUAAACAUAUGGUUAAAGAUUGUCUAGCCAAAGAAGCUACCAAACCACCUUGGCUAACAAUUCAAGAAUAUCAAGUUUUGCAAAAAACUCAAUUACAGUACUAUAGGUGGUAA